UUUUGACAUUGACAAUUGAAAUAAAAUCGAAGUGUGUGUGUGUGCUGAUGUUUUUGUUCAAAAUAUUUUUAACAAUAGUUUUUAAUUAAUUUUUGCAUGUAUCGGUGACAAUAAUAAUACAAUGGCUGCAACAGCUACAGCAACAACUGUUUCUGUCGAUGAGGACCUGGAUGAGUGUGGGCCACAGUUGAUCAACAAGCUAGAGGGGAAUGGCAUCACAUCUGGUGACAUCAAGAAAUUGGAAGAAGCUGGAUACCACACUGUGGAGUCUGUAGCAUACGCGCCGAAGAAAUGGCUAAUCACUAUAAAAGGCAUAUCUGAAGCUAAAGCUGAUAAAAUAUUAGCAGAAGCCUCAAAAUUAGUCCCCAUGGGCUUUACCACAGCUACAGAAUUUCAUCAAAAAAGAGCAGAAAUCAUACAACUCACAACAGGAUCGAAAGAGCUUGAUAGAUUACUGGGAGGUGGUAUUGAAACUGGAUCUAUUACUGAGAUUUUUGGUGAAUUCAGAACUGGAAAAACUCAACUAUGUCACACUUUAGCUGUUACAUGUCAGUUACCAAUAGAGCAGUCAGGUGGAGAAGGCAAGUGUAUGUACAUAGACACGGAAGGAACGUUCCGGCCAGAGCGAUUGCUAGCGGUGGCUCAACGAUACGGCAUGGAGGGAGCAGCGGUGUUGGACAAUGUGGCGUAUGCCCGUGCUUAUAACACGGACCAUCAGACACAACUGCUGGUGCAAGCUUGUGCUAUGAUGGCAGAAUCUAGAUAUUCUCUAAUAAUAGUAGACAGUGCUACAGCACUGUAUCGGACAGAUUAUUCGGGGAGAGGAGAGCUUAACCCAAGACAGCAGCACCUUGGCAGGUUCAUGAGGAUGCUUCUAAGAUUAGCUGAUGAGUUUGGCGUAGCAGUAAUAAUAACAAACCAGGUGGUGGCCAAUGUGGAUUCCGUGGGCGUGUUCAAUGCAGACACGAAGAAGCCCAUCGGUGGGCAUAUCAUAGCCCACGCGUCCACCACACGACUGUACCUUAGGAAGGGACGCGGUGACAAUAGAGUCUGCAAGAUAUAUGAUAGCCCUUGUUUACCUGAGACUGAGGCAAUGUUUGCAAUCAGCACAGAAGGGAUCACUGAUGCUAAGGAAUGAGAUGUGUAUUACGUUUUAAUGAAAAGUGCCUUUAAUUAACGUAAGGGUUGGUGACUGUAAUCUCACUUGUUAUUAAUUAGAACUUUAUUUUAUUACUGAACUCAUUCAGGAAAAGAGUAACAACAGGAUUAACAUGUGAACCCUCAAUCUAAUAUCAUAAAUGACUUAAUGAAUUUUUCGCUUAUUUUUUUAUUUAGCCAAUGCUUGAUUUGUAAAUAUUAUUAAAUUGAAGAAAUGGUUCUACUGUAUUUUGUUUUGGAUUUUACAAUUAUUGGCAGGGAUGACUAAAGAAAAAUAAUACCAUAGAACUGCUGGUACACUUACCUAGGUUACCUACUUUGUAUGGAUAUUUUUGUAACACAUCAACAGUUACUUUGAUCUUUAUGUAGCUGAAUUUCUUAACUUAUAGUUUUAUCCUGUCUGAAUAAUCCAACUCCAAGGUCUCCAAGGUGCGGGCCAUAUUAAUGCUAUGGUUGUAAAUAAUAAAAUGUUGAUCAAGCAUUUAUAAAAAUUCAAAAAUAAAAGCUAUGUAUUUAAUGAUGAAA